AUGAAAUACUCGCACAACUACGAAACUCAGGAAGCGCCUUCGUAUUUCGACCUGGAUCUAGAACAACCAACUCCACGAAGCUACACCUUCAAUUUCGUUCAACCCGUAAUUUCUGAUCCUGGGUACGAGGCUGGCAGCGAAGGACCAGCUGGUGGCGCUCCGCUCAGAGAAAGGCUGACCAAGAGGAGACCAACGGAAUCUAUCAAGGAACUGGGACUGGCAUCUUUACGACACGCAGAGGGCGAAGGGGACUGUAACUGCCAAAACGUUUCACCCAAGGAAAGCUCGAACUCUUUGUUGGGACUCGGGCUCGGAAUGCCUCCUAUGGUUCUUCAGGAUGAACCUCGCAUCGCUUCACACCCCGCGACCGUACCAUCUUCCGCUCGUCCCGGACUGCAACGCUCUUCGACCUCCAAACUUCGCCUCUCAUAUCUCGCAGGGAAAAUACAGUCUCUGGCCAUUUCUCCGCUUGUUAACAAACUACACAAAGCUGGUCUUGGUAGUCCGAAGUCGCCCCAAACACGCCAAUCGCCCCCGACGGCUCCGUUAAGCCCUCAAGUUUCGGAUUCGCUGACGGCUGCGUUGAGCCGACCUCCAUGGACGGGCUGUUGGUCUGAUUCCGCUCCGAGUAUUGACGAUAUACCAAAGCCACAGCUACGGGCGACUCAACUCGACGAUAUCCCAUCGCCGCUGCUCAGCCCCUUGCAGCUCUCUCCUACGAUGGCUCUGGAUGCAAAACCGAAUACAGGGACUCCGGUCGGGCAUGAUACCUGCAUGACGGUGGAGCGUUUUUUGGAUUACUAUUCUGGCUCGAUAUAG